AUGACGCAUAACAUUUCUAGUGAUUUACAUGAUAAACAAAUGAAUAACUUGACAAAUGUUGCUUUGAUUGAAAAGGAGAAGAAAUUCUUAAGUAACGAGCAACAAGUGGGAAACCCUGUUCAGCAAUUGCAAACGAAACAAUUAGAAAAAGAAAAAUCAGAAGGUGUCCAAAUAGAGGACAUGAUUUUAUCAUUAUGCGAACAAUAUGAUAAGAGACAUAUUUUAACGCAAACUGUCGAAGAUAAUUCAAUAUUGCUGGUAAAUGAACUGGUGUCAUCAUCAAGCGAAUCUUGCAAAAAUCAAACUACGAUAAUUUCUCCAUUCGAUAUGCCUUCUCGGUUGACUUCAAAUAAAAAUAUGAAAAAUGAUUCACAAACGAAUUUAUCAACAUUAAAAAAUUGUAACAAACCUUCAACUAGUAAGUCAUCUUCUAGUAAAAGUUCCAAUUCUCAAUUUACAAUUCAUAGUCAAUCGAAUGGAAAGAACAAGUAUAAAGUAUACAACGAGGAUUCAUUGAAUAAUAAAACAAUAGUAAAAUGUUCGAAUAACUUCACUAGCAAUUUAAAUAAUAUCUCUAACAGUACCAAUAUUCUAGGGGAUACACCAAAAGAAAAUGUAUUUAAAGAAGCCACAGCAACCAAUCCAUUAAAUGCUAAAGUUUCAGUGAUAUAUCCAAAUACUAAUUUACAAGCUACGUCAAAUAAAUCUUUAAAUUCAGAUAGCAAUGAAAAUUCGGAAAUUGAGAAUUGUAUUCCAAGCAAAGACAGUUCUAUAAAAGAAUUGGAAAAUCAAGUUUCUGUAAUUAAAAAUACCCAACCAAUAGACAAUAUAUCGUGUCCAAUUAUAUUUGAGGUAUCAAUACCAAGUGCUCAAGAACAAUCAGAGAAUGAUUACGAUUUACUAAAAAAUAUAAAUAUAAAUUUAGUAGAUGAAAUAGAUGUAAUAAGGGAUACUAGUAUGACUAAUUCAUCGAAUUUUAAUUCGCCAGAAAAAACCUUUAAAUUACGCGAUAUAAACGAAUUAUUAGAAAAGCCAGAAAAAUUAUCAGGUCCAAAAAAAGUGACUUUAAAAAAUAAAAAUUCAACAGAUAAACGUAUUCCACCGCCGAUAUUAUUAUUAUCUGAUGCAGCUUCAUCAAAUACUCCAUUUCUUCCAGAAAUGAUUGCUGAUGUAGACGAGAACAAUUUAUCCACAACAAAUUCUAGUGAUAAGUUCAAAGCUUUAGCAAAUUUAAUCAAUAAUAUUAGCCCAAUGCCACAUUAUUCUCAACUACAAACAAUUUGUUGCAAUAUAGAACAGCCGACUCUUCAAAAUUCAAAAUUUAACAACCUGUCGUCUAGUUCAGCGCCUGUUACAAAAAACAAUUCGAAUUCUAAUAUGCAAUUAUCUUAUCAACAAGUAGUAUAUAAUGCUCUUCCUGGUUGUUCGUAUUCAGCAUCGAAGCCCGGUAUGUCUCAGGCACUUGAAAAUCUUUCACAAAACAAUUGCACUCUAUUCAAUAACAAUUCACAAUCGACGACUCCAGUACAUCCGUCCGCUAAUAUGAAUGGAAAUAAUCGUAAAGUUGUAUUAGCUUCUUCAAUAUAUUCUAAUUUUUAUGCACAAGAUACUGUUUUUACUCUUGACUUGCCACCACUUCAAACAUUGGCAAUAUUGAUACCUUAUAUUGUAAAUAUGCAAGAAUCUUCCGAUAGUAUUAAUAAAAAAAUAAUCGAAUAUAAAAAAAUGUUAUUAAAUAAGCUUGUCUACGAAUUGAAGGCAUUAGAUAAAAUAGUAUUGCAUAAGCGCAAGCAAUAUAUAAAUGCACUAUUAAAUUUUAAUACAUUAACAGAAAAUACAUGGAAAUUUCAAUUAAUAAUUAUAACAAUAAUACAAUGUGUUUUCUCCUUAACUAAUCUUACGACAAAAGUAAAUUAUCAUAAAGUAAUACAAGCUAUAGUUAAUUCGAUCAAUCCAAAACCAUCGAAUCAACUUUUGUCAACAUUAAAUAGCAUCCUAAAGCUUUAUUAUUAUUUCAAGCAAAAAGGAAUUAAUUGUGGAUAUAGUGACAGAAGGCAACCCUUACUUUUGGAACUCGAAGAAAUGAACAAUAAAUAUCAACCAAAUACCAUUAAUACAAUGACCGAUCAUCAAAAAAGAGAAUUUAUAACACAAACAAAAAUUUAUCGUAAAAUAAGCCAAAUACAUGCCCUUCAAUUACAAGUACCAGCAGGUGAUCACAAUCUCCGUGACGAUUAUCAAAAAAUCGACGAAAUUGAUUCUUCGUUGAUAAUACCUUUACAACAAAAUAUUACCAAUAAUUCAAUCGAAAUAAUUAAUAGUUUACAGAAUUCAUCUCUAAAGAAUAAAACACAAGUAUCGUCAAUAUCAAAUAAGAUGAUCGAAGGACAUCAAGAUAAAUCUAAUAAUUUCUUAAUAAGCUCAAAUCCCAUAUCAUCGUUAUCAAAUGAUGCAGCAAAUACUUCAAAUAAGAAAAGCAAAAACGAAGCCAUUAAUGAAACAUUUCCAGGAGAAAAAGAGUACAAUAUUAAUCAUUUAUGCUUAAAAUGUAGAAAACUCAGUCAAAUAGUAUGUUCCAACUGUAAAAUCGCUACAUAUUGUUCACGUGAUUGUCAACAAAACCACUGGAAAGAAAAACAUUAUAAAAUAUGUAAAAAAAUUUAAAUCUUAUUUAAA